CAACAAGCAAGUUCUUUCAUCUUUUCACUAAACACAGAACACUCCAAACAACAACAAUGGCAUCAUCAUCAUAUGAACCUGCUUCCUCCACCAACCUCCCUCUAAAACCAAUACCAGGAAGCUACGGCCUCCCAAUCAUCGGAGUCCUACACGACAGACAAGACUAUUUCUACAACCAAGGCCGCGACAAAUACUUCGCAACCAGAAUCGAAAAAUACAACUCAACCGUCCUAAGACUCAACAUGCCACCUGGUGGCUUCAUUGCACCAGACCCAAAAGUCAUCGCUCUCCUCGACGGUGUCUCCUUCCCCAUCCUCUUCGACAAUGCCAAAGUCGAAAAAAGGGACGUUUUCGAAGGCACUUACAUGCCUUCUACCGAAUUUUUCGGCGGUUACCGCCCCUGCGCUUUUCAAGACACAACUGAACCUUCCCACAACCUUCUCAAACGCUUCAUCUUCUACAUCUUAUCCUCCAAACACACCAACUCUCUCCCUCUCUUUAGCUCCAACCUCUCCAAACACUUCAUCGAUCUCGAUAAACAACUAGCUGAAAAUCAUAAAGCAAAUUUCAACUGCUCCAUCGAUGCCUUUUCCUUCAACUUCUUCUUCAAACUCAUCACAGACAAAUCCCCAACCGAAACCAAAAUCGGUAACUGUGGACCCAUCCUUUGUCAAACAUGGCUUGCAGCUCAGCUUGCACCGUUAGGCACUGCCGGUCUUCCCAAAAUGUUCAACUGCCUUGAAGAUAUUCUUCUCAGAACCGUUCCGGUCCCGGCAUGUGCAGUGAAAUCAUGUUACAACAAACUCUACGAAGGUUUAAUGGAAGCAGGAACAACUGUGUUAGAUGAAGCUGAAAGGAUGGGUAUAACUAGAGAAGAAGCUUGUCAUAAUCUUGCUUUUGUUUUAGGGUUCAAUGCUUUUGGUGGUUUAUCGAACCAGUUUCCGAUUCUGAUUAAAUGGGUCGGGUUAGGUGGACCGGGUUUACAUAAAAAACUCGCCGGUGAAAUCAGGGCUGUUGUUAAGAAAAAAGGCGGCGUUACUUUUGCCGCGUUGGAUGAGAUGACUUUGACUAAAUCAGCGGUGUACGAAGUUUUGAGAAUUGAACCAACUGUACCAUAUCAAUACGCUAGAGCGAGGGAGGAUCUGGUGGUGUCGAGUCAUGAUGCGUCUUUUAAGAUUAACAAAGGUGAGAUGAUAUUUGGAUAUCAACCGUUCGCUACUAAAGAUCCAAAGAUUUUUGAAAAUCCCGAGGAGUUUGUUGCGGAGAGGUUUAUUGGUGAUGGAGAGAAGUUAUUGAAACACGUGUUAUGGUCCAAUGGACGUGAGACCGAUAAUGCUACACCAAAUAAUAAAAUAUGUCCGGCUAAGAAUUUGGUGGUUCUCUGGUGUAGGUUGUAUUUGGUGGAAUUCUUCUUGCGUUAUGAUACCUUUACCUUUGAUUUUAAGCCGUUUGGUGUGAGUCACAGGAUUACUAUCAAGUCGCUUACUAAGUCCAAAUAGAGGGAAGGUGUGACGCCUCCCCUUCUCGAAUUUUCUUACUAUAAAAUAAAUCGUCAAAUAAAAUUUUGGUCCUUAUUUUAUUUUUGUUAUAAAUUUUUUUAGCGUAUUUUGGUUUCUCAAAUAUUUUCAGUUUCUAUUUUCAAGAGAGUCUAUGUAAGUUUUACCUAAAAAGGGGUUGAUAUCCGAUUGUAUAGUGGCUUGCUACACAAGUCAUCUAGUUUUGUAUUUACUAGUUAGUUAAUUGUGUUACAGAAGUCUGUUAGUCUUUGUGUUUGUAUUCUAGCCUAUAUAAGGCAUCAAUUGAGUAAUGAAAAGCUAAGGGGUACUUUUGCCUAACAA